AUGGCUUCACCACCUCAAGCCGAGAGCAUGUCGGACGUACGGCAGCAGCUCAAGGUCCUGCUGGUUUCCAUCUGGGCCUUGAUGAGCCGCCGGAUGAAAGUAGCAGGCGCCUUCGCCAUAUUCCUCGGCCUGUCAAUAUGGCUCUCGCUACCUACGAUCAAGACGAUGAGCGUUCCCAAAGUCUCGCUCGAAUACGCACACUCACCAUACAACCACUCCAAGGUCGCCCUUCUCAUUGAGAACAGACCCAACCCAAUUCUCGCCCCCCUGAUGUUGCACUUCAUUUCCGUCGUACCUCCCGACUGGCGCUUCCGCUUCAUGGGCUCGCUCGACUCUGUGCGCUCCAUCAACCAGUCUGUCGCCAUUCGCGAGCAAGUUGCCGCUGGCAAACUGGACUUGACUUACAUCCCUUCCAACAUGAGCACUGCCGGUCAGGAGAUGAUCAGCCGCUUCCUCACCAACCUCUGGCUGUAUGAGUCGGUCCUGCAGCCCGCUGAAUGGCUUCUGGUUUUCCAGACCGACAGCAUCUUGUGCGCCAACAGCAGGCACAACAUCAACGACUACCUCGAGUAUGACUGGAUCGGCGCUCCGUGGAACCCCGGCGGUCGCUGGGGCGGCAACGGCGGCCUCUCCAUCCGCCGCGUCAGCGCCAUGAUCGAUAUCCUCCGAUCCCAGAAGCGCGUGGACGGAUCCGAACCCGAGGACGUGUGGCUGGCCGAGCGCCUUGCUCACAGACCUGGCAGCAAGGUCGCCAACGGGACGGUCUCGUUGAUGUUCAGUGGAGAGAUGCACUCGGGUCCGGGCACGGAGAUCAAGAAGGAGGGACAGAAUGCGACGCUCGAGGCGGCCGCAGAAGGCGAACUCAUCCAAGGUAUUGACGAUUACCGCGAAGGCUUCUACGAACCUAUGGGCUACCACACCGGCGGCAGUGGUAUCUGGUUGCACAGUGCCAUCUGGGGCACCCCAGCCCUGCGCAAACACAUCUGGGAGUACUGCCCCGAGGUCAAGCUCACGUUGGCCAUGGAUGCCGCCAAGUACGUCCCCGGCAGCUGCAAGGCCAACUGGAAGAGAGGCCUCGAUGCCUUUGAGGACGGAGAGCUCGUCGAACGCGAGGAGGAAGUCGCUGAAGAGGAGGCAUUCUCACAAUAUCCAUUCGGGACUGAGGUCAUUGACGGAGAAGAAUACCCCAUGCUGCCGCCCAGCUUGAUGGCAUGGUAA